AUGCAGCUCUUGUUUGGCGGCUCCCCUACUGGAAGAGGCUUUGUUAUCUCUCAGCCGUUUGUUUUUAGCCCUCGCGGCAGCCUGCCCUCUCAGAAACCUAGGGCCAGAGCCGGGAUUCCAGGGCCCUCGGGAGGGACGGAGGCAGGUGCGGAGCAGAAGCUGGAGCCCGGCGUGAGGGCGUGGCGGGGAGCCGAGCUCUCUGCUCCCAUCCUGCCAACUCUCCGGUCCCUCCCGAUUGCCCACCAACCGAGGGCCCAGCGGAAGAUGGCUGCCCGGAGCGCCGCGGACAGUCACGUGUCACGGCAAUACCGCCGCACGCCCCCUCCCCCGCUCGCCGAGUCCCGGACCCCGCGGGACGCGCAGCCCUAG